UUGUUCAAAUCUCCAGGCGACCCACCGGGAGCGGCACUCUGUCUCUUGGACCACAUCUCUACCUUACACCCAAAUCUUCAUGCUAAAGCCUUCGACGUUUGUUGUCAACUCUACGAAAAGAUUGCUGGAGAGAAUGAAGCUGCUGAGGUGAUCAUGGAACGGCAACGGUUAGUAGUCGACCGCCUCGUCCAUCUCCUCUCAGUCGGAGGUGCAAUUCCAGUUUUGGAAAAAGUCUGGGAAAUGUUUCGUGAUGGUCAGAUUGAUGCAUCAUUGGUGCGAUAUUUUGCAAUGGAGGUGCUGGAAAUUAUAGCUCCACCAUUUUCUGAUGAUCUCAUAGCGUUGUUUUUACCACUCGUUAGUGAUGAAGAAAUCUUUGAUAAAGCGGCACAGGAUCGUUUCCCUGCAGCGGGCGAAUUUAUCCAACACUGUCGGCAACAAAUUCCUUCAACAUCAGCGGUUGCGUAG